AUGCUGCGGGUGACAGGCUUGGUGUUGGUGAUCUCGUCCAUGGGUCUUGGCUCCUUGCUGGACGGGGAUUUGGAUCUAGCCGAUGGCGUCACAUUAGUCAGUACACCACUGUCUAACAGCCUGGAGGACGAAGGCAGGUCCUUGGGGAACUCCCCGCUGUUCCGCAUGGCGAAAUUCCUUCAGGGUCACGAGCUUCACGUCAAGCUGCCUAACCUCAUAGAGAAAGAGAAGGUUAGCCACCUCUUAGCCGAAUCGCUGAAGAUUGUCGACGAUACGUACAAGAGCAACAACGCUACUGGCCGAGGUAAAGGUGACGGCGGUGCCGGCGGGCUUGCUCUCCUCGGUUUGAUGUUCGCGAAGACCGUUGGGGCUGCAGGAAUUGGUGGUUUGGGUCUUCUCACUAUGAAGGCCCUAGCGGUGUCAGCCCUCGCAUUAAUGCUGUCUGCGAUAGUGGGCGUCAAGAAACUCGCCUCCCACGAUGAUCACGACGACCACCAAGUGAUCUACGCUGGUCACCACGGCCACCAUCGUAGGAGACGAGAUUUGGACGACACGCCGCUUCCAUACAAAGGAUGGACAGAAUAUAAAAGAGCC